CACGUCUUUGCUGUCGAGACAAGAGACAACGUACUCAGAUAAGAAGAAAAUAAUGGCUGACUACUAGAAUUUGUCCUUUUCCCAUCAUAAAUUUUUCUAUUAUAGCAUUUUCAUUUCCCUGUGAAAUUUUGACUGAAUAGAAUAUGGCAUCCUUGUUAUUGAGAAGGUCUAAGACCUUAUUAGUUCCUAAUCACCAGCACCUUCAAAGUAAGCUAGCUAGCUUGUUACUAGGAUCAGGAUCAACAUUCAUCAACCGCCACUCUUCUUCUCAGCCAUUUGUUGCAUCAUCAUCGCGUUAUGAAUCCACAAAAGCCCAGGCACAGUUGGAUUUGCAGCAUGUCAUCCACGAUGACCAUCAUGAUCAGUUCAUCGAUUUUCCUGGAGGGAAAGUUGGAUUCACUUCUGAAAUGAGAUUCAUUUCAGAUGCUUCUCACAAAAGGGUUCCUUGUUAUCGAGUCCUUGAUGAAGAUGGUGAGCCCAUGAAACACACCAAUCAUGUUCAGGUUAGCAAAGAAAUGGCUGUGAGGAUGUAUUCUGAGAUGGUCACUCUUCAAACUAUGGACAGCAUAUUCUAUGAGGUACAGAGACAAGGAAGAAUUUCCUUCUACCUCACUUCAAUGGGAGAAGAAGCAGUUAACAUUGCAUCAGCAGCUGCACUUUCUUCUGAUGAUAUUAUCUUGCCUCAGUACCGUGAGCCUGGAGUUCUGCUAUGGCGCGGUUUCACUCUGCAACAAUUUGCUCAUCAAUUAUUUGGAAACACAAAUGAUUUUGGUAAAGGAAGACAAAUGCCUAUACACUACGGCUCUAACAACCACAAUUACUUCACAGUCUCAUCCCCUAUUGCAACACAACUUCCUCAAGCUGUAGGCGCUGCUUAUUCGCUUAAAAUGGACGGAAAAAGUGCUUGUGCAGUAACUUUUUGUGGGGAUGGAGGUACUAGUGAGGGAGAUUUCCAUGCUGGUAUGAAUUUUGCAGCAGUAAUGGAGGCACCAGUUAUUUUUAUUUGUCGUAACAAUGGAUGGGCCAUCAGUACCCCUGUCGAAGAACAAUUUCGAAGUGAUGGUAUUGUGGUGAAAGGUCAAGCUUAUGGAAUAUGGAGUAUUCGAGUAGAUGGAAAUGAUGCACUUGCUGUUUAUAGUGCAGUUCAUACUGCACGUGAAAUUGCUAUAAAAGAACAAAGACCAGUCUUAAUCGAGGCUCUUAGUUAUAGAGUAGGACACCACUCUACAUCUGACGAUUCAACGAAGUACAGACCAAUUGAUGAGAUCGAAUAUUGGAAGAUGGAAAGAAAUCCUGUGAAUAGAUUCAAAAAGUGGGUUGAAAGAAAUGGUUGGUGGAGUGACAAGGAUGAAUUGGAGCUUAGAAGCAGUGUCAGGAAGCAGUUAAUGCAGGCUAUUCAAGUGGCAGAGAAAGCACAAAAACCUCCACUUGAGGACAUGUUUACUGAUGUCUAUGACAAACUUUCAUCAAACCUUGAGGAACAAGAAAGAGAACUUAGAAAAGUCAUUGAGAAGCAUCCCAAAGAUUACCCUUCUGAUGUUCCUCUGUAGAUAUGAUCAACUCAAAACCAUAUGUACUCAAAUUCACAUUUAGAAUGUAUAAUAAAGUUGGAGGCUGCAUGCAUAUUCUUCUGAUUACUUUUUAUUUCGAAA